UCGCCCACCCUUACCUCCAGGUUCCCGGUUCCUGGUGCUUCCUCAACAUCAGCUCUGCUCCUCUGGAUAUGACGUUCGGUCUGAUCUUCUCGCUGGUGGGUUUGGCGUCUCUGGCCGUGUCGUUCCUGCUGAACACUGUGAGCGUGGUCACAUUAUUACGGGUGUGUUGUGGAGCCGACAGCACUCAGAGGAGGCGCGACUACGAGGUGGAGAUGAUGGUGCAGCUCAUCUUGAUCAUGGUGAUCGCCUCCAUCUGCUGGUGCCCUCUGCUGGUGUUUAUAGCGCAGACCGUGCUGUCAGGAAGUGAGCUCGAUGUUCGAUACCUGCUGCUCUGGCUGCGCUUUGCGACAGGAAAUCAAGUCCUGGAUCCCUGGGUUUACAUCCUGUUCCGACGUGCCAUACUGAAGCGAGUCGCUCCCAAAAUGGAUUGGUCCCGCGGAUCCAUCGUCAGCCUUUACCCAACGCUCUCUACGUCAUUUCGCAAACUAACUCGAGCCUCUCUUGGGGGAACGCUUGACCGUCUGGAUCACAUUCGGCCAAAUCAAUGCAUUGUCAGACAAGAGGAUACACCUUUACCUGUGCUGGACACCUCUGCAACUUCCGUUUAG